AGCCUUCAGCUCCGUGGGUCAUUUGCACUUUGGUUAUUUUUGGCUCUCUGUAAUGCUGUCUUAACAGAAUAUAUAACAUAAUCUUCCAGAUCAGCUCUUAAAAGUGGAGGCUGUGAUAGAGCCAUAGAAUCUUGCUGGGCUUUUCUCAGCUCCUUGUGGCUUCAGGUGCAGCAGAAAUGGAUUCCCAGGAGAUCAAAGAGCUACAACAAGAAGUUAUGGAGGAGCUAGGUAUCUCCAUGGAGGAGCUCCAGGACAUCAUUGACGAAGAGCUGGAGAAGUUUGAGUGUGUGAAGCAGAGGAAGCAGCAGCUGGAGGAGCUGGAGAAGUGCGUGAAGCAGAAGGAAGAGGAGGUGGCUCACGUCGACCGGCUCUUUGAUGAUGCUUCAAGAGCCAUUGAUAAAUGUGAGAUAUUAGUAAAAGAUCUGUACUCCAAGCUGGGCCUCCAGUAUCGUGAGAGCAGUUCUGAGGACGAGGACUUGGCUGCUAAGGCCACAGAAGUGAUCGAGAUCCCAGAUGAGGACGAUGAUGAUGUCAUGAGCAUUGACUCGGGCUGGAAGCACAGUGAUACUAGUCCCAGAAUUGCAAAGGAUCAGACUCUGCUACGGGAAGCCAUGGCUGCAAUGAGAAAGUCUGCCCAAGAUGUUCAGAAAUUUAUGGAUGCUGUGAACAAGAAAACAAAUGCCCAGGAUACACAAAAAGAUGGACAGACCCCUCAGCAUACUCCUGGCACUCUCCAGUCCGUGGGCUCUGCUGCUGCUGGGAGCGACCUCAGCAACGACGGUGACCUGAAGGUUGGCAUGAGGAUCUUGGGCAAGAAGAGAACCAAGACAUGGCACAAAGGGACACUGAUAGCCAUCCAGACGGUCGGUGCUGGUAAGAAGUAUAAAGUGAAAUUUGACAAUAAAGGGAAGAGUUUGCUCUCUGGCAAUCACAUUGCUUACGACUAUCACCCCUCACCUGAGAAACACUAUGUUGGGAGCAGGGUUGUGGCAAAAUACAAAGAUAGGAAUCAGGUUUGGCUGUACGCUGGCAUUGUGGCUGAAACCCCAAACGUAAAGAAUAAAGACAGGUUCCUGAUCUUCUUUGAUGAUGGCUAUGCUUCGUACGUCAAGGAGUGGGAGCUGUACCCAAUCUGCAGGCCACUUAAGAAGACUUGGGAAGAUAUAGAGGAUGUGUCCUGUCGCGAUUUCAUUGAGGAGUACAUCACAGCCUACCCCAACCGUCCCAUGGUGCUGCUGAAGAAUGGCCAGCUGAUCAAAACGGAGUGGGAAGGGACCUGGUGGAAAUCCAGAGUGGAAGAAGUGGAUGGCAGUCUGGUCAAAAUCCUCUUCCUGGAUGACAAACGCUGUGAGUGGAUUUACCGGGGUUCUACACGCCUCGAGCCCAUGUUCAGCAUGAAAACCUCCACAGCCUCCACCCAAGAAAAGAAGCAAAGUGGACAAGCGAGGACUCGUCCUAAUGUCGGUGCUGUCAGAAGCAAAGGGCCUGUAGUACAAUAUACGCAAGAUUUAACAGGAGCUGGUACUCAGUACAAACCUCUAGAGCAAAUGCAAGCAGCCUCGCUGGCUGCACGGUCCGUUUCUCCACAACCUGCUGAGAUGGAAGGCUCCGACAGCCAGCUGGCCCAGUCUAGAAAGCAAGUGGCCAAGAAGAGCACUUCCUUCCGUCCUGGCUCCGUGGGCUCUGGGCAGUCCUCGCCUGCUUCGCCUGUCCUAAGCGAUACGCCGCCUGCGGGAAGGACUGGCACAUCCCAGCAGCAUCGGUUGUCCAGUGGCCAGGCGGGCACAGGCACAGCACAAGCCUUCCACGGCAUGAUGGACCGUGUCCCCAACGAGCCCUCGUACCGAGCCCCGCUGGAGAAGCUCUUCUAUCUGCCGCAUGUCUGCAGCUACACCUGCUUGUCCCGUGUCCGCCCCAUCCGCAGCGAUCAGUACCGCAGCAAGAACCCCCUGCUCAUCCCACUGCUCUAUGACUUCCGACGGAUGACAGCCCGCCGACGGGUUAACCGCAAGAUGGGCUUCCAUGUCAUCUACAAGACACCAUGCGGGCUGUGCCUGCGAACCAUGCAGGAGAUUGAACGCUACCUUUUUGAGACAGACUGCGACUUCCUUUUCCUGGAAAUGUUCUGCCUGGACCCCUACGUGCUGGUGGAUCGCAAGUUCCAGCCCUACAAACCCUACUACUACAUCGCGGACAUUACCAAGGGCAGGGAGGACGUUCCCCUGUCCUGCGUCAAUGAGAUCGAUAACACCCCGCCUCCGCAGGUGGCCUACAGCAAAGAGCGCAUCCCAGGCAAAGGGGUUUACAUCAACACCAGCUGGGAGUUCCUCGUGGGCUGCGACUGUAAAGACGGCUGCAGAGACAAAUCAAAGUGUGCUUGUCACCAGCUGACGGUCCAGGCGACUGGCUGCACCCCAGGUGGGCAGAUCAACCCCAAUUCAGGGUACCAGCACAAAAGGCUGGAAGAAUGCCUCCCAACAGGAGUUUACGAGUGUAACAAGAGGUGCAAGUGCAACAUUAACAUGUGCACCAAUCGCUUGGUCCAACAUGGGCUCCAAGUUCGGCUGCAGUUAUUCAAGACGCAAAACAAAGGCUGGGGCAUUCGCUGCCUUGAUGAUAUUGCCAAAGGCUCUUUUGUCUGCAUCUAUGCAGGGAAAAUCCUCACUGAUGACUUUGCUGACAAAGAGGGGUUAGAGAUGGGCGAUGAAUACUUUGCGAACCUGGAUCACAUUGAGAGCGUGGAGAACUUCAAGGAGGGCUAUGAGAGCGAUGCAAAGUGCUCUUCUGACAGCAGUGGGGUGGACCUCAAGGAUGAAGAGGAGGAGAACACAGGCACUGAGGAGCAGGAGGAGUCCAAUGAGGACAGCUCCGAUGACAAUUUCUGCAAGGAUGAGGACUUCAGCACCAGCUCGGUGUGGCGCAGCUACGCCACGCGACGGCAGACCCGGGGCCAGAAGGAGAAUGGGCUGUCGGAGACAGCCUCCAAGGACUCUGGGCUCACCCGGCAAAUCAGCCACGAUGAGACAACGGUGGCUGCCUCCUGUAAGCUGCCAGUGUCUGAGGAAACCUCCAAGAACAAAGUGGCCUCGUGGCUGAGCUCCAACAGCAUGGCUGACAGCUUCCAGGACAACGACAGUGCCUCCUCCUUCAAGAUGAGUGAAGGUGGUGAAGCCAAGGCCUGCAAAACAGAACUGCCUGGUGAGAGAGAGAAAGCCUCCACUUCUGGCCUGGGUGACGUGGAUGGAGAGUCAAAGGUGUCGAAGAAAGAUGACCCUGAAGACCCAAACAAACUUCCCGGGCUAAGUGACUUGGGAAGGAUGUAUGGCUACAAUCCGAGCCCACCCAAACUGGAAGGGAUCCGGAGGCCGACGAGCAAAACUGCCCUGCUCCAGAGCAGACGGCACUCUGUCCCCCUGCAGCCCUCCACGGAUGACGUGCUGACCCUGUCGAGCAGCACAGACAGCGAGGGGGAGAAUGGGCAGGCAGCAGGAGGGCAGGCCCCAGGCACCACCAAUGACAGUGAUGACAUCCAGACCAUUUCUUCGGGCUCUGAGGAGGAGGAAGUGGAUGACAAGAAAAACCCCUCAUCUGGCUCAGGUCCCGUUAAGAGGCAGGUGGCGGUGAAAUCCACCAGAGGCUUUGCCCUGAAAUCAACUCACGGGAUCGCCAUCAAGUCGACUAACAUGGCAGCAGCCGACAAGGGUGAGAGUGCUCCUGUCCGCAGGACCACUCGCCAGUUCUACGAUGGAGAGGAGUCCUGUUACAUCAUUGAUGCCAAACUGGAGGGGAACCUGGGCCGGUACCUUAACCAUAGCUGCAGUCCAAACCUCUUCGUGCAGAACGUUUUUGUGGACACACAUGACCUCCGUUUCCCUUGGGUCGCCUUCUUUGCUAGCAAGAGGAUACGAGCCGGCACGGAGCUGACGUGGGAUUACAACUAUGAAGUGGGCAGUGUGGAAGGCAAAGAGCUGCUGUGCUGCUGCGGGGCUAUCGAGUGCCGAGGGCGGCUGCUGUGAGCCCAGCAGCACUUCCCAAAUGCUUCGGGGUGGGGGAGCCUCAAUCCCUCUGGAGCGCAGGCCUCAUCCUGGCUUACCCUCUGCCCCAUGUGUGACACUUUGUGAGGGUAAAGUACUGUAUAGCAUCUAAGGAGAGGGUGUUUAAUAGUAACUGUUACAAAGCGGAGCAUGAUGGCUUUGAGUUUUCCUGUUCACUUGAAAAUGAUGGCAGCAGAUGGACAAGGACCAGAGGCUUAACCCCGGCCUGAUGCAUGUGUGUGCAACAGCUGCAGAGGGCAGGUGACAGCCAAACCAGUUAUCUGCAGACUGAGCUUUGCUUUUACUGUGCCUGGGGGCUGCAGCAGAUCUGCCACAGGAUGCUUUGUCUCUUGUUAGUGCAGGAAAGGACAUAAGCCAAGCCGUUACUAGCGGUGGUGAACUAGCUGACAUGCAGCUAUUCCUGCUCUCCUCAAGCUCUCUACUAAAUUUAAGACACAAACCUCUGAGCAGCUACUGUUAGUGCUGGCUUGCUGCCUAUAAAGGUAAUUCCAGGGGGAAACAGUUCACAGAGCCUCCAGGAACACAUUUCACUUUUGGGACUGGGCAGUUGCUGACCCAAUGGCCUUGGGAACAGCCUGGGAGGGAAUGAGGACAGUGGAAGUAAGCCCAGCAUGGACUAAUCUGGCUUUAGAGCAAGGACCUGUGACUUUAGGUGGAAAAAAAAUAUAUCUUUCUCCAACCCUGAGAUAGUAGAAAGAAUCUUUUCACUGUUAAAAAGCAAUAAAGGUUUUUUUUGUUUUUC